UCACUGAAACCAACUGGAAACAGCUGUUAUACCCGUGCACUCUGUUUUAAUAAUCUUCUCGUUUGUUUAUCUUUAUAAGAGUCUUAAACUAAGGUUAUGUGAACGUAUUAUUAUCACACGAUAAAAGAAGAAAAAACAUUAAUAAUUAUUGUAAAUGAUUAUAAAUAACUCGUUGAAAAUAUAGAAGUAUAUAUCAGUCCGUUAUAUGUAUAAGUAUUAGUGCUGAUAUUUGUUUAGAAAAAAAAAAGAAAUAAUAAUAAAAAUGUUGUCUAUUGAACGAAUCCCAGAUCAAAUUGGAUAUUUAGUGUUAACAGAGGAUGGAGCAGUAUUAUCGUCUGGUGGUGAUCUAGAGAAUGACGAGAGAAUUGCCAAUGUUAUCGUGGGCUUGGUAAUGUUAACUAAUAAAAUAGAUCCAAAAGCUUUUCCCACGGGUGAAAGUUUUGAAAAGAUAUCAAUUACAUAUCCGGAUCAUUGUUAUAUUAUUUGUCUUUCUAAUAAGAAGAUCUACGUAGUAAAGAAAAAAUUAUCUUUGUCAGAAAAAAAUAUUGAAUUGCAACAAUUUAUUGAUAUUUAAAUAUAUACA